AUGAUCGGUCCUGGUAUACCACGCGAGAUGGAAUCCAACGCUGAACUUCUUACCGACGCCGCCUUCUUCUUGGAGACUGCGAAUUUUCUGGAGAUGCAUUCAUUGGUGUCAACCGACAAUGUGGAGCCAAGCGGCACGCUAGUGAUGCCUGAACAACGAGGAGCGCCAUCCCUCGGGAAGGCUCGAGGGCGUGAAAUCAGUGGCGAAGCAGCCAUCAACACGCUGAAACUCUACCGCGAGAAAGAAAAGUUUCGACGACGCAAACAACGACAACGCAUCAAAGACGAGACCGAAGGUCUACGGCGAAGAAGCGACGAGCUGAGUCUGCAACUCAAGAACCUAAAGUUUGGCAAGGAAGUAAAACGCACUGCUUCAAGUCGACAAUUCUCCAUCUGGAAAGAGGUUGCUUCGAUCCAACGCGAGGAGCGACUGAAGUCAGAGGCAGAGCAGAGGAGGCUGACCACGACGGCGAAUACGCAAGCGGCCUACAUCGACAAUCUGCGCGGGUUGUUCCAUCUUCGCCAAAAACCAGCAAGUUGGAUGAGCGGAACGGAGCACACGGAGAACAGCGACACUGGGCACUCGGAGAGAAUCGACACAAUAGAGCCUCGGCUUGGGAUGUCGGAUGUUCCUCUGUUUACGUCGCUGCUGCAAAAGAUCGAUGCAUGUUACGCCCGCUUUGACGAUGUUGUAAAUCGAUCAGGCCUGACAGCAAUGCCUGUGGGGGAGGUGAACUCUACGCAGUGGCGCAACGACAGUGUGUUCGACCCAGAGGUCGGAUAA